AUGGGAGACGCCGCACCGGCAAGGGCAAGGGGGGCAAGGGCGCUGGAGGGGCUGGAGGGGGCGGUGGAGGUGGUGGUGGAGGUAGUGGAGGGAGUGGGGGUGGUGGUGGGAGUGGUGCCAGGGGUGGUGGCGGCCUCGGCAGCAGUGGAGGCGGCGGAGGCGGUGGCGGUGGCGGAGGGAGCGGAGGAGGCGGAGGUGGCGGAGGAGGUGGAGGUGGAGGAGGCGGCGGAGGCGGCGGCGGUGGUGGAGCGGGUCGCGACUCUGCGCAGAGGAGUGGCUCCGUUGAGCUAG